UUUCAUUUCUCAACCAUUAGCCCCUGGAGGGCAGGGCUCACCUCAUUUGCUGCCGCCUCCGAACCCCAAGAACCAAGCCCCGAGCUAAUGAAUGAGUGAGGCACCCGUGGGUGGAUGAUGGAACACUUGGACUUUUGGGGUUGGGGCUGACCCUGGCAACGCAGGGCUCCUCCCACCCUGCGUUGGCGGGGUGGAGGCCAGGCCUGCCGGGUGCUGGGGGUGCCCUGGUGAAGGGACAGGACUCCUGCCUGGAACUCAGAGCCAGAAGGGAAGAGGCAGGGAAAGACACGCCACAGAGGAGUAGGAUUCAAGCAUGCCUCGCCCGUGUUUAUUGAGCGCCUGCUGUAUGCUGGGAUCAAGUGUGCUGAGCGCGCUGAUGGGAACCCGGGAAAGGCCUCUGCCGCAGACAUGGAGAAACUCAGGCUGCGCAGCGCCUGGGUGCCCUCGUGCCUCGGGCAGUCCCGCAACCUGCAGGGUCGACGGGCCAGGUCCUCGCCCUCGCUCUGGGACAGGUAAUACACCUGUUGUCUCCCCACUUCCUCAGCCUCUGUCCCCAAACAUCCAUCCGGCGUCGGCAUCAGCUCCCCCCAACACCGAGAAGAGGCCCAGCGCCCUCAGCCCUGCUUCCCAGCCAUCCUGUCUCAGAAGCCAGGCCCUGGUGCCCCCCAAGCCCAGCCCAGGGCUCGGUCCUUGGGCUCGGGCCUCUGCUGAGGCCAGAGGGGCCCCUGGUGGGAGGCUGGCAGGGUCCCUCCAGGCCCCACUCUGUGCCAAGCAGCUCAUCUUUCUCUCCUGUGAGCUGGGAAAGCCUUCCAGGGACUUCUCACGGGCAAGAAGGGCACCAUGAAACACCCACACACCCACACACACUAGAUCGCAGUUCCAGUAGGGCUUCCCGAGCCCCCCACCAGUUGGGAGGGUGCCCCUGAUUUGAGGGUGGCCACAAGGGGUUUCCACACCCACCCUGUGCACCUGUUACCGGGCUGUUUCUAGACUCCAGGGCUCCCUGAGCCACCUCCACACCCGGGAGAGGCAGAGGCCACAGUGCCUGCCCCCAGCAUCAUCUCCCGGUGGUUCUGAUCACAGGGGUGCAGGGACCACAGGGACAGCCCUGCUCCCUGAGAGUGGGCGCUCCCGGGUGUGAGUGCACACGUCCCCAUUUUACAGACGCAGAGACUGAGACUGAGGUCAGGCAGGUCUCGGGUAAAUGCCCCAGGAUGGUGGUACCACCCAGGUGACCGAAGACCCCAGGAGUGCCCAGCCCAGGGCCCUCCCUGGACCAGGAAGGGCGGGGACGUGUCCAAAGCUCUUGAGUAGUGGAUUGGCAGGACUUUGGUGACGGGCUAUGGAGGGUGACCACAAGCAAGAGGGGUCACCACGGCCUCUCGGGGUCUGACUGGAGACUGAUGGGCAGCACAGGAGGCAGAGAGGGGUCAGCAUCGGGCGUGCUGGGUGAGGGGUGCAUGUGGGCCUCUGGGAGGAGUGGCUGGUGGGCGGCUGGAUUUGGGGUGAGCGUGGAACCCUAGAGAGAGGUGGGGCCUCCAGAUGGAGGCCUGGGAGGGGUUCGUGUGGGGCUGGACACAGAGGACGUGUGGCCCGAGGUGUGCGGGGAGGGGUGAGGGACAAACCAGGGCCCUGGGGUCAGCCGUCAGCCUGGGCAGUGGAGCUGGAGAAAGGUGGCGGGCAGCGAGGUGGGCGCAGCUGAGGGGCCAGGGAGGCAUGUUCAGGCCCGGGGCCCGGGCACCUGCACCAGGAGGGGGUAGGGGCCAGGGGCUGGGGGUGCUGCCCACCCAGGGCUGGAUGGGCUCAGGAGUGGGUGGGUGUGAGGGGCUCAGGGAGGGUGGGAGCAGCGUUUGAGGGCUGGUGGGGACACAGCCGCCCGGCACAUCUGCAAGAGCAUCCGGCGGCCACGGGUGAAUGGAGGUGGAGGUGGGCUGCUCAACGGAGCCAGCUGCCUUGUGAACAGAGGGUCACACUGCCCCGGGGCAGGUCCUGGCUCUGCUUGGAGCCCACCCCACCACUCCAUCAGGGCUUCUUCCUCCACUCGCCUUCUUGGGGAGCCUGUCCCCUUGCUCACUGUCUCCCCUCGAGAUGAUACGCUCUGAGGGCCCAGGGCCAUGUUUGCCAUUGCUGUGAGGUGCAGGGUAAAUGGGGGGCACAGGGCAGGUGAGGAGGGAAGGGGGCAGGGUGGACGUGCCAUAGUGGGGAUAAGGCGGGGUAACAGGAAUGAACAGUCCUGGGAUGGCAGGGCCCCAGCUGUGGCUGCGGGCGGGUGGCCAGGGUCGGGGAGGUAAGGGUGCCGGCUCUGAGAGGUGGAGGGUGGGUGCUCUCACCUCUUUCCGGGGGGCGUAGACCCCCUGUGACCGAGGGCUGUGGGUGUACCUACAACCCUGCAGGCUGGCUGAUUGCAGGGGCUGCUGCCCUGACCCCAUACGCAGAAGGAACCCUUGGGGUGGAUGUAGGAGAGCCCUCAGGAGGUCUGGCAGCCCACUGGAGAGACAGGCUUGGGCCAAGGGGGAGCCUGGGAUCAAUAGCUGCAGGAAGCUUGCAGUGAAAUCAGUCAGGUGUGCUGCCUGGAGGAGGCGGCGGGGCCUGUGUGGGCAGCCCUGGGCACUCUGCCACUGGGCUCCCUGCUUGCUUGUCACUUGGCAUCUUCCUUGGGGAUCAACUCUUGGGAGGACCCGCCCCGCCCUUCUCUGAGGUUCUCAAAACAUAGGCAACUCUUUAUUUUUACUUAUUUUGAAAAAAUGUAGACCUGGGCAGGGGUCCAGGAAUGCUUAAGGGAGGUUUGCUGGGUCACACGAGUGGUGUGUGUGAUCAGGCUGGAAGCUGAUGAUCACUCUUCCCCAGGCGCUGGAGAAAGCCUCCUGCCCACCUGCAGGAAAACCCACCAGAAGUUACCAUCCAAGGGGCCUUGGCUCCAGAUGGUCCACUAAGGGGGGCUGUGCUUCUUCCAGCAAACGAUGGGCAUUUGGGCCCCUCCUCCACCUGGGCACCCCUCUGGAACCAGGGCUUUGUGUGUCAGGGCAAGAGGGGACAGGCACGAGUGCAUCGCGGGGGGUGGGACUGGCAGCCAGGGCCAGGUGGCAGCGGGCCCCGCCUACCCCGUGACGCCAUGGAGCUCUGGGCUUUGCUGUGACUGUAGCACAGGGGCUGACGGGGCACAGGUCAGGGGGUGACCGAGCAAAGCGCACGCCCGGGGCACCGAACGGCAGCUUGAAUCUUAGCCGCACUCGUGGCUAACAGCCAGCAGAACUCCCCUGGUGCCCCCACCCACACCGUGCAGCUGUCCCUUCCCUACAGAAACGAGCCCUCCCAACUGCUGAAGGUGAGUCUGCCCCCCGCGGCCCCCCUCUGCGCGCUCAGCCAGCCCAGGGAAGGGUGCUUCAGAGGGUCAGCACAUGGUCAGCCGUGGUUAGGUGCUUUCUAGGAGCCGGGUGGCAGCUGACAGGUGGGUGUGGCCAGUAACACCUGCCCCUCCUGCCUCAUGCCCCAGGAUAGCUCAUGUGAAUGGGUGGCAUGGGGCUCAGGGGGGAGCCGCCCCCUGCUUUUCCCUGAGCAAGGGGACUCAGUGGCCGGGGUCCCAGAGGAGCCCUCAGUCUGUGGGGGAAAGUAGAGCCUAUGAGCCAGGCUUGCCUCUGGAAGGCUUCCUGGAGGAAGGGAGACAUGAGCAGGCCCGGGAUUUUCUGAGUUUCUGGCGCUCCGUGCAGCUAGCUGGCCACUGUGGUGGACGCUGCCUGGGCACGGGGCCUCACACGGGACCCCUCUCCUGGGCCCAGAGGGCACACAGCCCGCUUGAGGAAGAGAGGCCUGCUCUAGGAUGUAGCACUACUAACUCUGGGCCUCACCGGUCCGGGCCCCUGCUGUAGAGAAGCAAGACGGGGCCCUGUAAGCCGUGCCGGCUGGAGUUCGGCUCCCAGACCGAGGCGGGGUGCUGCUGCUGGGCGAUCUUUAAACCAGGUCCUUUCAGCCGCCCCCAAACACUCGCCCCAGUGCCAGACUGGCUCAGUGUCAGGGACCGUGACCCCCCCAGGGAGGGGCUGGGGAGGUGUGCGCGCUUGUGUGUGUGUGUGUGUGUGCACGCCUGUGGGGUUUGGUGUGUGUGUGCGCGCUCGCGUAUGGUGUGUGUGUGCCUGUGGGGUGUGGUGUGUUUGUGCCAGCGCGCGUGCAGUGUUUGUGUGCGGUGCGUGUGCGCGUACACUGGUGCGGCCGGGCGCGCCCGGGGCGCACCCACACGCGCCUCGAGCUCAGUGCCCGCGGCCUGGCCCGCCGCCGCCGCCUGUCGUUGCAGCUCGCUGCAGGAGCAGAAGGGCGAGCUGCGCAAGCGGCUGUCCUACACCACGCACCGGCUGGAGAAGCUGGAGAACGAGUUCGACUCCACCCGCCACUUCUUGGAGAUCGAACUGCGCCGUGCGCAGGAGGAGCUGGAGAAAGUCACUGAGAAGCUGCGCAGGAUUCAGAGCAACUACAUGGCACUGCAGAGGAUCAACCAGGAGCUGGAGGACAAGCUAUUCCGCAUGGGCCAGCACUAUGAGGAAGAAAAACGAGCUCUCAGCCAUGAGAUUGUCGCCCUCAACAGCCACCUGCUGGAGGCCAAGGUGACCAUUGACAAGCUCUCGGAGGACAACGAGCUCUACAGGAAGGACUGCAGUCUUGCGGCGCAGCUGCUGCAGUGCAGCCAGACCUACGGCAGGGGCCGCAAGAUGGCUGAGCUGCCCGCGGAGUUCCAGGAACGCAUGAACCUGCACGCGGAGAAGCCAGGCUGCAGCCUGCCCGCCCCGCUCUGCCGCCCGGCCUACGCCGACAGCGUGCCCCCCUGCGUGCUUGCCAAGGUGUUGGAGAAGCCGGACCCCGGCAGCCUGUCCUCCCACCUGUCGGAAGCCUCGGCUCAAGACCUGGGCUUCCCUGAGGGGCUGGAGAAGCCAGGGUCCCGACCCCCCUACAAGGGGGACAUCUACUGCAGCGACACGGCCCUCUACUGCCCUGAGGAGCGGCACCGAGACCGGCGGCCCAGCGUGGAGGGGCCCGGGUCCGACGUGGGCUUCCUGCAGGCCCAGAAUUCCACCGACAGCACGGCUGAGGAGGAGGAGGAGGAGGAGGAAGAUACCGAGGCCGGCGCGGCGGCCUAUCCCGCCAGCUACCGCCACGAGGCCUUCGGCGGCUACGCAGCCUCGCUACCCACUUCCAGCUCCUACUCCAGCUUCAGCGCCGCGUCCGAGGAGAAGGAGCACGCCCAGGCCAGCACGCUGACCGCCUCGCAGCAGGCCAUCUACCUGAACAGCCGCGACGAGCUCUUCGGCCGCAAGCCGCCCGCGGCCUACGGGAGCAGCCCGCGCUAUGCGGCUGCCGCGGCUGCGGUGGCCGCCCCGCUGGAGGCCGCAGUGGCUCCGGGGUUCCCCAGGACUGUGUCGCCGUUCCCCGCCGAGCCCUUCCGCUUCCCGCUCUCCCCGGGCCCCCAGCCUGCCCUGAUGCCCCCCAACCUGUGGAACCUGCGGGCCAAGCCUGGGUCCGCACGGCUGGUCGCAGGGGCCGGGCGCGGCCAGUGGCGGCCACUGAGCGUGGACGACAUCGGCGCCUAUCCCUUUCCGGCCGCGGCCGCGGCCCCUGCCCCCAGCCUCGCCUCGCCCGGCGGCUUCAAUGACCGCUACUUUGGGGCCCGAGGCGGCCCCGGUGAGAAUGCUGAGGGCCGCGCUAGCCCCCUCUAUGCCAGCUACAAGGCCGAUAGCUUCUCGGAGGGUGAUGACCUCUCCCAGGGCCACCUGGUCGAGCCCCGCUACCUCCGGGCAGCCGGUGACCUGAGCCUUAGCCCUGGCCGCUCGGCUGACCCCCUGCCCAACUACGCGGCCAGUGAGGGGGACCGCGAGCGGCUCGGGGUGCAGCUCCUCGGGGCAAGCGGCAGCCCCGAGCCCGAGCUCAGCCUCCGCAGCUCCAGGGACUCCCUGGAGCCCAGCUCCAUGGAGGCCUCCCCGGAGAUGCACCCCGGUGCCCGCCUCAGCCCCCAGCCUGCCUUCCCUCGGGCGGGCAGCUCGGGGCUCAGCCGCAAGGACAGCCUCACGAAAGCCCAGCUCUACGGAACCCUGCUCAACUGAGCGCCCCGCGUGUGGGCCCCGCCACGGCCAGUCCCGCACACCGGGUUCCCAGGGGUGCUGCCUCGACUCCCCGACAACCCCACCCUCUCGGCCCUGCACACCAGGACCCCUCUCCACCUAACCCAGUCGAGCCCGAGAGGGGGACCCAAACCCGAGCGUCUUGUCCACCCCGCACCACCACUGUGCAAUGUUUCCUGACUCAGCAGCAGCCUUCCCUGACUGAGAUGAGUAUCCUUCCCCCUUGCCACCCUCUCCACCCCCAGCUUUACCAAGUGCGACUAUUCUUAUAGAGCAGUGUCUUAACACACUCGGCCUCCAGCUCCCUGGACGGCAGCCCCAGGCGUUUUCAGCGCAAACGCUCCUGGAUGUUUUCAGGCGAGGGCAGGUGGGGCCUGCCCCUGGGAAAGGAAGGGAAGGGUGGAGACAUCCCCAGUGAUAAGGGGACCAGAAGCUGUGUCCACAGAGAGGGGGACUGGAACGGGUGAUGGGAUGUGAAACGCUUCUAGCUGUUCUUUCCGUGUGGCCGACGACCCCUCCCCAAGCUCUACUGUGGUCCGUAGUCCCGUGUGUCCCGAGUGGGGCCGGUGCUCUUUCCCCCCCCACCCCCGCAGCGUCCCGCUCCCCGGCACCACCUUGCGCUACCUCACACGUAAUGAGGCCCUCUGACCCCGGUUUCUGUGACUUGCUUCUGUGUUGUCGUCUGUGAUGCAUGCCCUGUCUCGGUACUGUAUUUUGCGAUCAUUAAAUAAAGACAUGGGUGGAAAAGAA